AUGAACAUUUUCGACGAUAAAAGAUUUAUCGAAGAAGGGUGGGGAAAAUUCUUUGAAUCUACCGGGGUUCGUGAAAUGUUAUCUGUGCACAACAUUGGACAGCGACUGUUUGCAAAAUAUGUGCUGGGACUAUCCCAGGGAACUGUUAGUGAACUUCUCUCUAAACCUAAAUCUUGGGAUAAACUGACAGAGAAGGGAAGAGACUCAUACAGAAAGAUGCAUGCUUGGGUUUGGGAUGACCAAGCAAUUCUCCUUCUUAAAACUCUGAUCCCAAGAAAAGGAGAACUCCUAAGAUCUGCAUCUUCAAAACAAGAAGUUGAGGACAGAUCUGAGGAUAGAAUUAAUAAAAUUCUCAGCGAGGUCAAUAAAUCCUCCUCGGACCAGAUUCACAAACCAAUCUUUCCACACAUGGAUCAUCCUAACGUACAUGCAGGAUUACUUUUACCUGGACUUCCCGCCCCUGAAGAACUAAAGAUGGCGUUAUCCUUCUACCAAGCAGAACUACAGAGAAAUAGAACUCAAGAGAUGAAAGCAGAGGCAGCAGAGGCAGAAAGGGAAAGUUUACGGGAAGAAAAAGAAAACCAGGAGAAGGAUGAGAAACCUGUUCAUCCCUUCUCCCUUCUUCACGCUAAACUAGAUCAGGGUCUCCUGGGUAUCCGACCCCAGCUCCAGGUCAACCAACAGCAGUUGUUCCCCCCUGGAUUCUCAGUAGAUAGUCCUCUGCAACGUAUGGCGAGUAUCACUAACUCUCUUGUCUCCCAACCCCUUCCUUCGCCUAACUUUGGACAGAGACCCUUGAAAGCUGUUUUACCACCGAUAACUCAGCAGCAGUUUGAUAUGUUCUCUCACUUGAACACUGACGAUGUUGUGCGGCGCAUCAAAGAAAUCUUAUCCCAGUAUUCUAUCAGCCAGAGACUCUUCGGGGAGGCCGUUUUAGGGCUGUCCCAGGGAAGCGUAUCAGAUCUUCUAGCGCGACCUAAGCCCUGGCAUAUGCUGACCCAGAAAGGACGAGAACCGUUUAUCAGAAUGAAACUGUUUCUAGAUGACGACACAGCUAUUCAUAAACUGGUUGCUAGUCAAUACAAGAUCUUACCAGAUAAACUACUCAGAACUGGACCAUACUCAGGAGCACCAAAUAUAGCAAUGCCUCCAUGGCAGCUUUUCAACUCUACAGAAAGUUUAGCUCCGAUGUCUGGAAAGCUGACAACCUCCCAUCCUCAGUUCCGAGGUAUUCCCGAUCUACCAGCUCUCAUUCCAAAUCCAGGUCGUUUACCCCCUGGUUUGCUACCUGGCAUGGACCGAAGUAUGCUGGUCAGCUUACAGCAGCGCCACCUUGUACCCAAUCUACCACACCUUACUCCUAACCUAUACGAGCUCGCAGCUCUUACUCAGGAGUUGGAUACCUUGAAUGUGACCAACAAGAUAAAGGAGACCCUACUCGCCAACAAUACCGGGCAGAAACUGUUUGGUGAAGCUGUUCUUGGUCUAUCCCAGGGAUCAGUGAGCGAACUCUUGUCUAAACCUAAACCUUGGCAUAUGCUUAGUAUUAAAGGACGGGAACCCUAUGUAAGAAUGCAGAUGUGGUUAAAUGAUCCAACCAGUAUUGAUAAACUAAUGGCCAUUAAGAAGCUGCAAGAGGAAACCCGGAAAAGGAAACGAACCUAUGACGAGUCAUAUUCCGGGAAAUCGUCUCCCUCCGACCUUUCUGAUAUCUACAGCAAUCCUGGAUACGCCAAUAGUCCAGAUGAUGGUAUGAAGCGCAUGAGGGAGAGCGGACUAGAUCUCAGUUUUAAACGCGAUGAAGAAGAUAUCGCCGAAGAUAUUGCCGAGGACGAUCAUCAGGACGAUCUUGAUACAGUAUCUGAAGAAAACACCAAGCAGGUUGGACGAUCAAGAAGAAAACCUCUGGCUCCCCAAUGGUUAAAUCCAGGUUGGGGCGAGGACGAUGAUAGAGCUGAUCGUCCGGACACGUGGGAGGAAAGACGAGAGAACUGGGACGACGGAGAGAAGGACACAAGGACGAUAAAUGGUGUGUGCGUAGUCAAUGCCGCGGUAUUCAAUAAUGCCGAGCAAAGACGAACCUCUGAGCAUUGAGAAAUCAAUUAAUCAAGAUAAACUGUGUUUAUGAAUCCCAGUGUGUAACCGGUCUAAUUAGAUUUAGUCUAGAUUAUAGGAUAACUUGGAGUCAACAAUCCCCCAGGAAUCAAACCAAGA